UUUCUUUUAUUGGUAACAGGAGCUCAGGAAACCAGGUUAAUGGUAGCAUGGAGUACCACUUCCAAGAUGGAGACACCAAAACACCAGCAGCUUUCCUCAGUAGGCUCAUGACACAGAAUGCGUCGACUACAACGGCUUCUCCUUCAACUGCAGGAACUGUUGUUCUGACAUCAGCAGCAACUCCGUCAGUAAUACCUGGAUCAGCUGUAGUUCAGACCUUGAUGGUCUAUAACUUCUCCUCUCUUGUUCCAACUGAGAAUAUGGUCAUCAAUGCAACUCAAUCUCUACUGAGUGCUCGACUCUCAAAUCUUACUGAUGCUGUUACAGUGCUGAACUUCACCUAUGCAAAAAUUUCAGACACGACCUUUGCAGUCAACUUCACGUUUCUCAUCAGUAACAUCAGCAUUCCAGUGAACACCUCCCUCACCAAUGACACCUACAAAGAGGUGCAGAGGAUCGUCAAUAAGAAUCUCAACACUUUGCUCAAUAACCCUGAUGCAGCCUCAUUUGAACCCAAGAACUCUUUCUUCGUGAGCUCAGGAAACCAGGUUAAUGGUAGCAUGGAGUACCACUUCCAAGAUGGAGACACCAAAACACCAGCAGCUUUCCUCAGUAGGCUCAUGACACAGAAUGCGUCGACUACAACGGCUUCUCCUUCAACUGCAGGAACUGUUGUUCUGACAUCAGCAGCAACUCCGUCAGUAAUACCUGGAUCAGCUGUAGUUCAGACCUUGAUGGUCUUUAACUUCUCCUCUCUUGUUCCAACUGAGAAUAUGGUCAUCAAUGCAACUCAAUCUCUACUGAGUGCUCGACUCUCAAAUCUUACUGAUGCUGUUACAGUGCUGAACUUCACCUAUGCAAAAAUUUCAGACACGACCUUUGCAGUCAACUUCACGUUUCUCAUCAGUAACAUCAGCAUUCCAGUGAACACCUCCCUCACCAAUGACACCUACACAGAAGUGCAGAGGAUCGUCAAUAAGAAUCUCAACACUUUGCUCAAUAACCCUGAUGCAGCCUCAUUUGAACCCAAGAACUCUUUCUUCGUGAGCUCAGGAAACCAGGUUAAUGGUAGCAUGGAGUACCACUUCCAAGAUGGAGACACCAAAACACCAGCAGCUUUCCUCAGUAGGCUCAUGACACAGAAUGCGUCGACUACAACGGCUUCUCCUUCAACUGCAGGAACUGUUGUUCUGACAUCAGCAGCAACUCCGUCAGUAAUACCUGGAUCAGCUGUAGUUCAGACCUUGAUGGUCUUUAACUUCUCCUCUCUUGUUCCAACUGAGAAUAUGGUCAUCAAUGCAACUCAAUCUCUACUGAGUGCUCGACUCUCAAAUCUUACUGAUGCUGUUACAGUGCUGAACUUCACCUAUGCAAAAAUUUCAGACACGACCUUUGCAGUCAACUUCACGUUUCUCAUCAGUAACAUCAGCAUUCCAGUGAACACCUCCCUCACCAAUGACACCUACAAAGAGGUGCAGAGGAUCGUCAAUAAGAAUCUCAACACUUUGCUCAAUAACCCUGAUGCAGCCUCAUUUGAACCCAAGAACUCUUUCUUCGUGAGCUCAGGAAACCAGGUUAAUGGUAGCAUGGAGUACCACUUCCAAGAUGGAGACACCAAAACACCAGCAGCUUUCCUCAGUAGGCUCAUGACACAGAAUGCGUCGACUACAACGGCUUCUCCUUCAACUGCAGGAACUGUUGUUCUGACAUCAGCAGCAACUCCGUCAGUAAUACCUGGAUCAGCUGUAGUUCAGACCUUGAUGGUCUUUAACUUCUCCUCUCUUGUUCCAACUGAGAAUAUGGUCAUCAAUGCAACUCAAUCUCUACUGAGUGCUCGACUCUCAAAUCUUACUGAUGCUGUUACAGUGCUGAACUUCACCUAUGCAAAAAUUUCAGACACGACCUUUGCAGUCAACUUCACGUUUCUCAUCAGUAACAUCAGCAUUCCAGUGAACACCUCCCUCACCAAUGACACCUACACAGAAGUGCAGAGGAUCGUCAAUAAGAAUCUCAACACUUUGCUCAAUAACCCUGAUGCAGCCUCAUUUGAACCCAAGAACUCUUUCUUCGUGAGCUCAGGAAACCAGGUUAAUGGUAGCAUGGAGUACCACUUCCAAGAUGGAGACACCAAAACACCAGCAGCUUUCCUCAGUAGGCUCAUGACACAGAAUGCGUCGACUACAACGGCUUCUCCUUCAACUGCAGGAACUGUUGUUCUGACAUCAGCAGCAACUCCGUCAGUAAUACCUGGAUCAGCUGUAGUUCAGACCUUGAUGGUCUUUAACUUCUCCUCUCUUGUUCCAACUGAGAAUAUGGUCAUCAAUGCAACUCAAUCUCUACUGAGUGCUCGACUCUCAAAUCUUACUGAUGCUGUUACAGUGCUGAACUUCACCUAUGCAAAAAUUUCAGACACGACCUUUGCAGUCAACUUCACGUUUCUCAUCAGUAACAUCAGCAUUCCAGUGAACACCUCCCUCACCAAUGACACCUACAAAGAGGUGCAGAGGAUCGUCAAUAAGAAUCUCAACACUUUGCUCAAUAACCCUGAUGCAGCCUCAUUUGAACCCAAGAACUCUUUCUUCGUGAGCUCAGGAAACCAGGUUAAUGGUAGCAUGGAGUACCACUUCCAAGAUGGAGACACCAAAACACCAGCAGCUUUCCUCAGUAGGCUCAUGACACAGAAUGCGUCGACUACAACGGCUUCUCCUUCAACUGCAGGAACUGUUGUUCUGACAUCAGCAGCAACUCCGUCAGUAAUACCUGGAUCAGCUGUAGUUCAGACCUUGAUGGUCUUUAACUUCUCCUCUCUUGUUCCAACUGAGAAUAUGGUCAUCAAUGCAACUCAAUCUCUACUGAGUGCUCGACUCUCAAAUCUUACUGAUGCUGUUACAGUGCUGAACUUCACCUAUGCAAAAAUUUCAGACACGACCUUUGCAGUCAACUUCACGUUUCUCAUCAGUAACAUCAGCAUUCCAGUGAACACCUCCCUCACCAAUGACACCUACAAAGAGGUGCAGAGGAUCGUCAAUAAGAAUCUCAACACUUUGCUCAAUAACCCUGAUGCAGCCUCAUUUGAACCCAAGAACUCUUUCUUCGUGAGCUCAGGAAACCAGGUUAAUGGUAGCAUGGAGUACCACUUCCAAGAUGGAGACACCAAAACACCAGCAGCUUUCCUCAGUAGGCUCAUGACACAGAAUGCGUCGACUACAACGGCUUCUCCUUCAACUGCAGGAACUGUUGUUCUGACAUCAGCAGCAACUCCGUCAGUAAUACCUGGAUCAGCUGUAGUUCAGACCUUGAUGGUCUUUAACUUCUCCUCUCUUGUUCCAACUGAGAAUAUGGUCAUCAAUGCAACUCAAUCUCUACUGAGUGCUCGACUCUCAAAUCUUACUGAUGCUGUUACAGUGCUGAACUUCACCUAUGCAAAAAUUUCAGACACGACCUUUGCAGUCAACUUCACGUUUCUCAUCAGUAACAUCAGCAUUCCAGUGAACACCUCCCUCACCAAUGACACCUACAAAGAGGUGCAGAGGAUCGUCAAUAAGAAUCUCAACACUUUGCUCAAUAACCCUGAUGCAGCCUCAUUUGAACCCAAGAACUCUUUCUUCGUGAGCUCAGGAAACCAGGUUAAUGGUAGCAUGGAGUACCACUUCCAAGAUGGAGACACCAAAACACCAGCAGCUUUCCUCAGUAGGCUCAUGACACAGAAUGCGUCGACUACAACGGCUUCUCCUUCAACUGCAGGAACUGUUGUUCUGACAUCAGCAGCAACUCCGUCAGUAAUACCUGGAUCAGCUGUAGUUCAGACCUUGAUGGUCUUUAACUUCUCCUCUCUUGUUCCAACUGAGAAUAUGGUCAUCAAUGCAACUCAAUCUCUACUGAGUGCUCGACUCUCAAAUCUUACUGAUGCUGUUACAGUGCUGAACUUCACCUAUGCAAAAAUUUCAGACACGACCUUUGCAGUCAACUUCACGUUUCUCAUCAGUAACAUCAGCAUUCCAGUGAACACCUCCCUCACCAAUGACACCUACAAAGAGGUGCAGAGGAUCGUCAAUAAGAAUCUCAACACUUUGCUCAAUAACCCUGAUGCAGCCUCAUUUGAACCCAAGAACUCUUUCUUCGUGAGCUCAGGAAACCAGGUUAAUGGUAGCAUGGAGUACCACUUCCAAGAUGGAGACACCAAAACACCAGCAGCUUUCCUCAGUAGGCUCAUGACACAGAAUGCGUCGACUACAACGGCUUCUCCUUCAACUGCAGGAACUGUUGUUCUGACAUCAGCAGCAACUCCGUCAGUAAUACCUGGAUCAGCUGUAGUUCAGACCUUGAUGGUCUUUAACUUCUCCUCUCUUGUUCCAACUGAGAAUAUGGUCAUCAAUGCAACUCAAUCUCUACUGAGUGCUCGACUCUCAAAUCUUACUGAUGCUGUUACAGUGCUGAACUUCACCUAUGCAAAAAUUUCAGACACGACCUUUGCAGUCAACUUCACGUUUCUCAUCAGUAACAUCAGCAUUCCAGUGAACACCUCCCUCACCAAUGACACCUACAAAGAGGUGCAGAGGAUCGUCAAUAAGAAUCUCAACACUUUGCUCAAUAACCCUGAUGCAGCCUCAUUUGAACCCAAGAACUCUUUCUUCGUGAGCUCAGGAAACCAGGUUAAUGGUAGCAUGGAGUACCACUUCCAAGAUGGAGACACCAAAACACCAGCAGCUUUCCUCAGUAGGCUCAUGACACAGAAUGCGUCGACUACAACGGCUUCUCCUUCAACUGCAGGAACUGUUGUUCUGACAUCAGCAGCAACUCCGUCAGUAAUACCUGGAUCAGCUGUAGUUCAGACCUUGAUGGUCUUUAACUUCUCCUCUCUUGUUCCAACUGAGAAUAUGGUCAUCAGUGCAACUCAAUCUCUACUGAGUGCUCGACUCUCAAAUCUUACUGAUGCUGUUACAGUGCUGAACUUCACCUAUGCAAAAAUUUCAGACACGACCUUUGCAGUCAACUUCACGUUUCUCAUCAGUAACAUCAGCAUUCCAGUGAACACCUCCCUCACCAAUGACACCUACAAAGAGGUGCAGAGGAUCGUCAAUAAGAAUCUCAACACUUUGCUCAAUAACCCUGAUGCAGCCUCAUUUGAACCCAAGAACUCUUUCUUCGUAAGUUCAAAGCUUUAUCCUUUUCUCCUCUGA